AUGACGAAGGAUUCUACUCCAUCCUUAUUUAUUCAUAGUCCCAUUAGGAAGACACUUCAGCGCCACGUGCAAAAUGAAACCUUAUGGACAGUUCCUUUAGUCGCGAUCUUGUUUGUUUUUUUAAUUCGUUGGAUUAUCGCUUUAUAUCCUUAUUCAGGCUAUAAUAUACCCCCUUUGUAUGGUGAUUAUGAAGCUCAGCGACAUUGGAUGGAAUUAACAAUACAUUUACCUACUUCUCAAUGGUAUCGAUAUGAUUUACAAUGGUGGGGAUUGGACUAUCCUCCUUUAACAGCUUAUCAUAGUUGGCUAUGUGGUAUUAUUGGUUCAAAAAUAAAUUCGAGUUGGUUUGAAUUAGAUACAUCAAGAGGUUUAGAGACCGAAUCCAGUAAAGUAUUUAUGAGAUCUACUGUAUUUGUUUCUGAAGCUUUGAUUUAUAUUCCUGCUGUUUUGGGAUUUUGUCAAAUUGUCUAUGGAUCUAGUGGUUAUUUAAAGAAACAUAUGGCAGCUGUCUUGAUAUUAUUGCAGCCUGCGUUAAUGAUGAUCGAUCACGCUCAUUUCCAAUUUAAUAGUGUUAUGUUGGGUUUUACUUUAUUAGCAAUUAACUGCUUUUUAACAAGAUAUUUUGUACUCGGGUCGAUCUUUUUCUGUUUAUCAUUAGGAUUUAAACAAAUGGCAUUGUAUUAUGCACCUGCUAUUUUUGCAUACUUGUUAGGUAAAUGCUUUACUGAAAAGAAAGGGUUUAUUUUAUUCAUCAAAUUAGGCACUACUGUGAUGAUUACAUUUGGCGUAUUAUUUGCUCCUUGGUUAGGUUCUUUAGAUGAUCUUAAGCAGAUUUUCAUCCGCAUCUUCCCUGUUGCACGUGGACUUUAUGAGGAUAAAGUAGCCAAUGUUUGGUGUGCAAUUAACGUCAUCAUCAAGCUUAGACAAAUUUUAUCAGUGGAAGCAACUGUUCGUUUAAGUUUAUUAGCUACCUUGGCAGCAGUCGUGCCUAUUAGUAUCCAUUUAUGUGCCGCACCCUCUCGAAGAAGAUUUCUCUAUGCAUUAAUUAAUUCAUCUCUGGCUUUCUUUUUGUUUUCUUUUCAGGUACAUGAAAAAUCAAUUCUACUACCUUUAUUACCAGUAACAUUAGUCACUUUGGAAGAGCCCAUCGCGGCUACUAUGUUUGUAAAUGUUGCUAUGUUUAGUAUGUUUCCACUCUUGAAAAGAGAAGGGUUAAUUUUACCUUAUUUUAUUACAACAGCCAUGUGGAAUUGGCUUGUAGAAGGCUAUAAAAUGAACACCAACUUUUUCACUAAAUUAUGCACAAUUGGUAUAAAUUGUAUCUUUAUUAUAUGGCAUAUUGCAGAUAUAUUGAUUGAAUCACCUAGUCAUUUACCAGAUAUUUUCACUGUCUUCAAUGUCAUUAUUAGCUGUAGUUUGUUUCUUCUUCUUUUUGUAUAUUUCGUAUAUCGUCAAUUUACAAUUACACCUUAUAUUUCACCUUCAUCAUCAAAAUUAAAGAAGACACAAUAA